AUGUCUAUCUUAAUUAAAAAUGAAUGCCCAGGCAGUACUGGUCAAAAACAACAACAGGUAUUAAUAAUCAGUGGUUAUCAACAAAUUCUUUUUUAUAAAUCUUAUAAAAACCGCAAUGAAAGAUUAUGCUCCAAAGAAGAACGAACAUGGAAAGAUCGAAUAUUCAAUCAGAUUAGAUUAGACGAAGUGAACAGUUCCCAACGUAAUCAUGCAUCAUCAUGGCUUCGUAAAGUGGCAGCAUCAAUGCAUUUCGGUAUAGAUACAUAUGCACUUAGUGUUGAUUUACUUGAUCGAUUUUUGGCUACACUUAAAGUUCGUCCUAAAUUUCUGGAAUGUUUGGCUGUCGGUUGUUUGUAUAUAGCGGCCAAAUGUAAAGAAGAAGAUGAUACAAUUCCUAUAACACCAGAAUUUGUUAUCGAUUGUAAUGCAAGUUGUUCAGCUAAUGAGCUUCUUCGUAUGGAACGUUUAAUUUUAGAAAAAUUUAAUUGGUAUGCUGAUUUUGUAACAUCAGUAGAUUUUUUACAAAUUUAUUUUGCACUUUUACUACUUAAAUCUAAUAGUCAACAUGAAGGAAAUGAUAAUGAAAAAAUUUUAGUUGAAAAAUAUGUUGAUUUAGAAUUAAAAUUAGCAUCAUGUUUACAACAUCAUCGUUUAGCUACGUUUAAACCAAGAAUUCUUGCAUUAGCUUUAAUAAGUUUAGAAUUAGAAAAACAACAAGUAUUAGAACCUGAAAUCAAUAUUGAUUGGCUUGCUUCUAUUACUUAUUUACAACAUUUAGCAAAAAUUGAAAGUGAUGCUUUAUUAUCAUGUCGAGAUUUGAUUGUUCGUCUGUCACCAUCAUAUAAGGUUGUUCGAUUGGAAUUAUCUGAUCUUGCUUUUAUAUCCCGUGCUUAUAAUUCUUCAAGUUCAUUGAAACCAUUGAUUAAUUUAUCUGGUCGACCAACCUAUGCCGAUGUUGUUUGUGGUCGUGCUGCUCCUGCUGCCCAAUAA